GGUGAGUCAGUCAUUCAAACAUUUCGUACCGUUUGGCUGCCGUUUCUUGUGAACUGCUUAAAGCCUGUACCAUUUCUCUUCCGCAGUUUCUCUCUCGAUACUACCAAAAGCUUUGAACAAUUUCAUUCUCUCAUUCUGUUUAUUUCAUUCAUACAUUCAUGGAAGGAACACAAAACUGUGUUGGAAGCACCAAAUCAUUGGAGGAACUCAUUUAUUGGACCCAUUUUCAGUUCAUCCAUUUCACCCUUUUUCUGAGCAUCACCGAUUUUCACCAUCAACUUGCACUUCCGAAAACAUUUUCAGACAAUUUAAAGAAGAAGUUACCAGAAAAUGUGACCAUUAAAUGUCCUAGCGGAAUUGUGUGGAAUAUAGGGCUGACAGCUAGAGGUGAUACUGUUUACUUCACGAACAGUUGGCAACAAUUCGUCAAAGACCACUCCUUGAAGGAAAAUGAUUUCCUUGUAUUUAAGUACAAUGGUGAAUCACACUUUGAGGUUUUAAUCUUUAAUGGAAAUAGUUUCUGUGAGAAGGCAGCGUCAUAUUUUGUUCAAAAAUGUGGACAAGCUCAUAGUCCUUCUAGUGGCGGUGUUGAAGACAUUUACUGGAGCUAUUUCAAAUUCACACAUUUCACCCUAUUGGUUCACACCAAUUUUGAACGACAUCUUGCACUUCCUAAAACAUUUUCAGACAAUUUAAAUAAGAAGUUGCCAGAAAAUGUGACCCUUAAAGGUCCUAGUGGAGUUACAUGGAAUAUAAGGCUGACAACUAGAGAUGGCUUUGUUUACUUCGUGGACGGUUGGCAACAAUUCAUGAACGAUCACUCGUUGAAAGCUAAUGAUUUCCUUGUCUGUAAGUACAAUGGUGAAUCACACUUCGAGGUUUUAAUCUUUGAUGGAGAAAGCUUCUGUGAGAAAGAAGCUUCUUAUUUUGUCGAAAAAUGCGGCCAUGCUCAAACAGCACAAGGGGGUAGCAAUGCAUCGGAAACAAACAAUUCUAUUGAAGAAGUCGAUACUGAUUCUAAUGGUGGUGAUUCUCCUGAGCAGUUCACGGAUGAUGCAGUCCCUAAGACCACAGCUAUUCAGUCUCCCUUCAUACCAACUGGAAAAAGAACCAAGAGGAGAAGAAGAUCACCAAAAGCUGCUGCUAAUUGGGGUGCGAGAGCACAUGCUUGGGUGACUUGUAACAAGCAACACCCAGAGGCAGCCAGCCCGCAUAGAAGUGGGAAGGUAGACGACCAUUGUAUUCUCAGCGGAGCUUCACUGUCAAAGUCAACAGCACUUAUUGAGGAAAAGAUAGCCCAGUCAUUUUCCUCCUCAUUUCCAUAUUUUGUUAAAAUAAUUAAAGCCUUCAAUGUCAGUGGUUCUCGUACUAUUAAUAUGCCCUAUCAAUUUUCGACGGCGCAUCUUCCAAACAGCGAUACACCGAUUUUUCUUCAAAAUUUGAAGGGAGAACACUGGCUUGUUAAUUCUGUUACUAAAACUAAAAUACAUACAAGUCACUCUCUAUGUGGAGGAUGGAUGGAUUUUGUUCGUGGCAAUAGCAUAAAGGUUGGAGAUGUCUGCAUUUUCGAACUUAUACAAGAGUGUGAAUUUCGUGUUCGCAUCAUCGCUGAGGUUGGAAAAGAUGGGCUAGUACUCCCUCGUUGAAAGACUAGCUUUUAGUAUUCCAACACAUGAUAGUUUUCACAUAGAAGAAUAGAAAACUAACACAUCAUAAGGAUCUUAGAAUAUAUGAUUCUCACAUAAUAAAGGUAUUUAAAUGACCUACCUUCACCCAUGGUGAUAGAUACCAGAUUCAACAAUACUCCGAAUCUCUUAUUCAUAAAAAAUAAAAUACUCCGAAUUUCAAUUUA